AUGGCAUAUGGAAGAAGAGAUCCAUCAAUAUUCGACAACUUCACCCUCUCUCCUCUACCAUACCCCGUCCUCUUCAUCCUCCUCAUGGUGAUCGUCCUUCUCCUCGUCUCUUCCUACUUCAACUAUGAAGAAUUACUCGAAUCCGCCGAAGAACAGAUGAGCUUUGCUCUCCUCCUCACCCCUCUCAUCCUUCUCCUCCUCAUCCGAUUUCUCGGCUCCACCGACUCCCUUUUCGACGGCAGCGGCCCCCUCGGCUUCGUUUUCCCCUCCGACCGCCGUCGUCCCCGAAUCUUUUAUGAAAGAGGAACGCAGCAGGAAGGCGGAGGCGCCUCCCCAUGGGGCGUCGCCGUCGCCGUCGUCGUCUUAAUUGUUCUUGCGUCGUUUCGAUCCUCCUUUGAGGACAUGUGGGGACCUUAAUCUGUAAAAUGUAUUAGUUGAGUGGAAUAUACGUAUGCAUAUAUUUUUGUUCGAUGUAUAUAUUAUCUUGUUGAAGGAGAAUAUCUAUGAUAGUCUUUGCGUGGAUUGAUACAAUUUUACUGAAA